CCGGAAGGCAGUGCGCACGCGCUCGCUGCGACUCCGGCGCGGUUGACUUCCGCUCCCACUGUGCUCUGCGAGCCGAAUCAUGGAUCACACUGACAAUGAGUUACAAGGCACUAAUAGUUCUGGAUCCUUGGGUGGUCUUGAUGUUCGCAGACGAAUUCCUAUAAAGCUCAUCUCCAAACAAGCAAACAAAGCGAAACCUGCACCGCGAACUCAAAGGACUAUAAGCAGGAUGCCUGCAAAGGCUCCACCUGGUGAUGAAGAAGGAUUUGAUUAUAAUGAAGAAGAACGGUAUGACUGUAAAGGGGGUGAGCUGUUUGGAAAUCAGCGAAGAUUUCCUGGACACCUUUUUUGGGACUUUCAGAUAAACAUCUUAGGUGAAAAGGAUGAUACACCGGUUCAUUUCUGUGACAAGUGUGGAUUGCCUAUUAAAAUCUAUGGGAGAAUGAUUCCAUGCAAGCAUGUUUUUUGCUAUGACUGUGCUAUUUUACAUGAAAAAAAGGGAGAUAAGAUGUGUCCAGGCUGUAGUGAUCCUGUGCAGCGAAUUGAGCAGUGUACACGAGGUUCUCUCUUCAUGUGUAGCAUUGUUCAAGGGUGCAAGAGAACAUAUUUGUCUCAGAGAGACUUACAGGCUCAUAUCAACCAUCGCCAUAUGAGAGCUGGAAAACCUGUUACCCGUGCUUCACUUGAAAAUGUUCAUCCUCCUAUUGCCCCACCACCAACAGAAAUCCCUGAGCGUUUUAUAAUGCCACCAGACAAGCACCAUAUGAGCCAUAUUCCGCCAAAGCAGCACAUCAUGAUGCCACCACCUCCUUUGCAACAUGUGCCACAUGAGCACUAUAAUCAGCCACAUGAGGAUAUUCGUGCUCCUCCAGCAGAAUUGUCCAUGGCUCCACCUCCACCUCGAUCGGUCAGUCAGGAAACCUUUCGUAUUUCAACAAGAAAACACAGCAAUUUAAUAACCGUCCCUAUUCAGGAUGACUCAAAUUCAGGUGCUAGAGAACCACCACCUCCUGCCCCAGCACCUGCUCACCAUCAUCCUGAAUAUCAGGGUCAACCAGUGGUAUCGCACCCUCAUCAUAUUAUGCCUCCACAGCAACAUUAUGCACCACCCCCACCUCCUCCACCACCAAUAAGCCAUCCAAUGCCACAUCCUCCCCAGGCUGCAGGUACUCCUCACUUGGUAUAUAGCCAAGCUCCACCUCCACCAAUGACCUCUGCUCCACCACCAAUAACCCCUCCCCCUGGACAUAUUAUUGCCCAGAUGCCACCUUAUAUGAAUCAUCCUCCUCCAGGACCUCCCCCACCUCAACAUGGUGGUCCACCUGUAACUGCACCCCCUCCUCACCAUUAUAAUCCUAACUCAUUACCCCAGUUCACUGAAGAUCAAGGAACUCUGAGCCCUCCAUUUACACAACCAGGGGGAAUGAGUCCUGGUAUAUGGCCUGCACCAAGAGGGCCACCUCCUCCUCCACGAUUGCAGGGUCCGCCUUCUCAAACCCCACUUCCUGGACCACAUCAUCCAGAUCAGACGAGAUAUAGACCGUAUUACCAAUGAUAAUAGUAUUUUGAACUGAAGAUAUGAGGAGGAAAAAAACUUAUAUAUAGUCAAUCUUUUAAUUAAGCUUUGACUGUUUUGGGAAGGAAAAGUACCUCUUACUGAGGUAGUAUAAAACAAUUAGGGUCUUGUUUCUUAAAAUGGUUUUAAAUCUUGACCUUAAGAUUGAUUUCAAGUACCAUACUGUAGUACAGAUAAGUGGCUCAGUUGAGCACAGCUAUAUUUUAACAUCUCUUUGUUCCCCUAGUUUAGUAAAUUGACCCAGAGGUGACCAUUUGUAAAAAAUUCGAAAAAAUUUUUCAUUGUUUUACUUCAAAAGUAUUGUUUUGUUAAACCCAAUGUUUAGUUUUUCUUGUGAUACAUUUUGUUAACCUGUGUAAAAGGAUUAAAUUUCAAUAUGGUUGUAAAAAUGCGAUUUUUAUGUGAAUUUAAGUGCAGCCACAUACUGUUUUUUAAACCAUAUGUUUUACCACUAAUUUCCCAAAGUUAUAAUAAAAUCCUAAAAGUAAAAAUCUACUAGAAUUUGCUGUAAGGCAGACUGUUAAAUGAUAGAGAAUUAUUUCACAUUUUAGGCACUGAAAUAUUGAGGUUUUGAGGUAUAGUAAGUAUACAAUGCACUUCACUUGGAUGCCUUUUCAUUUUUAGGCAGCCUCAGGAGCACCAAAAUACAUGGGAAUUCUAGUACUAAGAUAUAUUUGUAAUGUUAAAAGACAUUACUAAUUAUUUGGAAAGAGAUGGCCAAAGUAAUCAACUCUACAGGCUUCAAGCUGGGGGGGAAUGCUGUUACUCAUUAAUGCUUUUUUACUGAAUGGUCGGAAUCACAUAUGCACCACACAUACUGAUCUUAAGUAACAUUAUUUUAUAGAACUGUUUAAAUGGUGUUAUUUAGAUGAAAUGUGGUCUGUUCAUUGUAUUAAACUGAAUAGGGCUGAAUAGGCUUUAUGUAAUUCUUCAUUUCAUGGUAGAGUUUGAUGCUGUGUUUAAGUGGGUUCUUGUUUAUAGGAUUUUCAACUACAGUUUGAAUGCCAUGGAGGAAUUUGAAUAAUGUAUUAAUGAAGGACAUAUUCUUGUAAUCACAAAUUUGCAUUUGCUCAGGUUUCAUUGCUGUGUGAUAGGAUUUUUCCUCUAACUUGAAAUUUAAACACUUUUAUUUCCUACUCCUUUUGUCGGUAAAGCAGUCUGAAUUUGGAACAUUUUAGCAUGGAGUCAACAGUGAAGACUACCAGAUAAUUUUGUAUUGGAGAAGAGGAAAUAACAGCUAAAUUGUGGAUUUCAGUGCUUUACAUGGUGCCUUUAGAGUCAGCUUUUACAUUAUAGGGGCUUGUUAUAGUUCAGCUAGGAUGACCACUUAACAAUUUAUACAGAACUCAUACGUAUAAAUCAACAUUCUUAGGAUAUUAUUUAUAUCCUUUGAAUAAAUCCCUGUGAAGUUUUUCCUCCCCACUAAAAUGGUGCAUAAUAAAACAUGAAAUGUGUAGUAUGCAGAUAUCAUUUAUUAGAUAGUUUGUAGUGUAUACAUUUAGAACAUACUUCUUUUGACAAAGGGUGAUCUGUGCUAAUUUACCAUUUUAUUCUGUCAGGUACAGGUGAAACAGAUUCUCAUCUUGAAUGAUCAGAUGCAAAAUCAUUUCUGAACCCUAGAGCAGAAGUUAGAAAUAACAAAAUGGCCGUUUCAAGCUUGACUGGCCAAAAAUAAGUAAUAAACUUUCUUGUUUUAAGUCAGGCAAGUGAUUUUCUACACUUAGCAGUUUGAAAGUCCAGUGUUAAUGCAAUAUUUCUAGUGAGAAAUGCUUGUUAUUAAAAGCAUGGGAGUGAAAUAGUGUGAAAUGUUGGUGGUGAGUGCUUCUAUCAUAUUACUGUAGGUACUUGGACUGGUGCAAACUUGAUUCCUUUUCAUGCCCCUGUUUAGGAGCUAUUAAAAUAUUACUGUUAAAAAUCCAAACCAUUUGUUCCAUAUAAUAAGAAAAUAGCCAAGAUCACAUUAGAGCUUCUCAACUAUUUAUGAAGAGCUGUCCUGCUUUUAUUGAAAGUCACUAGAGUUGAAUGUGGUAAGAAACCACUUAGGCUAUGUAUUGGAUGAGAAAAUCAGUAUCACGAUAAAAUUUUGAAUUGAGAGAACUCUUGUAGAGUUUUAAAAAAAUGAUUUAUUUUCAAUUAGGUUUAAGAAAUCUAUGUUAUGCAGGGAGGCAUAUCAGAUGAAUGUUGUAGCAGACAAGUUUUAAAUCGUGUUAGACUUGAAUUCAUCAAUUGUUUGAAUGAGGGUGGGUGGGUAGAAGGAUAACAAAAUUACUGUUAGUGUUUCUUUCCUUACGGAAAAAGAUGUGAAUCCCAGCCUUAUUUCAGGGAAGCCUUUGAAGCUAUGAUGGACAUAAGUCUAAAUUAAAUGUAUGUAUGUUUCAUUAUAUUGCUCUUAAGACUACUGAGGUGGCAGUUUAAUUCUUAAAAACAAUAAAAUGGAAGCAUAAAUACUAUUUUGCCUAGAUGAAUUUUUAUGUAUUGGCACAUUUGGGAGAAUGCAGAAUUUUCCAUGUUGAUACAACUUACUACAGUAAAAUUAAGUUCACUUCUAAAAGAUUAAAACCAUCAAGUUGAACGUUACAUUUCUUCAGUGGCAUGUUUAUUCAGAGUAUAAUACAGUAUUUUGGGAAAUAUCUGUUGCAAAGACUGUAAGAAACUAUAUUCAUUUUGCCCUGUAAAAACUACUUGCUCAAAAUUAUCGUGUAAAUACUAGUUAGAUACCACUGAAAUGUAAAUAGAAGAGAUAUUUGAACAUAUCUUUAAACUCAGUAAGAGGCUGUAUGAAGUAUACAGAACUGCCAAAGGCUUUGUUCUGACUAAUGUAUUGGAAGAGUAUCUUUUGUAAUCUUUUUGGGAAGACUCUACAGUUCCGUCUUCCAUUUUUUGAAAAUGCCCCAUAUUAUGAGUACAUGAAAAAAGUGCAUGAGUACUCAAAGAUAGUUCUUCAUUAGAUUAGCCGUCAAAUUAGUAUGUGGUGUUAAACAUAUACUAUAUUCUGAUUGAAGUGUACUUACUCUUCUUCACUGGUUUGUAAUUUGCUACAUUAUGGCCUGGAAACCAAUCAGUUUGCUUAAUACAGUAUAUGUGUAAUCAAAGCAAUAUCAGAUAUACUAGGCUUAACAAGAAGUGGAGAUAAGCCAGGUAAAAUACUUGGGUGUGAUGCUAAUAAAACCUAAUUUGGAUUUUUAAA